AUGCCUGAGAUGAUGGAAAACGUUUCUACUUUUAAAUUCUUUAUUCUUUCUGGGCUGCAGGACUCAGGAGUUUACAAGCCUCUGUACUUCUUGUUGGCGUUUGUCCUUUACAUCCUUAUUAUUAUAGUCAACUUAACUUUGAUCUUUAUUGUGACAGUGGAUAAAAGCCUCCAUGAGCCCAUGUACAUUUUCAUUUGUAAUCUGUGUGCAAAUGGACUUUACGGGACUGUUGGUUUUUAUCCCAAAUUUUUGCUGGACUUGCAAUCUGAUAUUCACAUUAUAAGCUACAGUUGGUGCCUGCUUCAAACUUAUGUGAUUUAUAACUCUGCGCUGUGUGAAAUGUCAGUUUUAACAGUGAUGUCUUAUGAUCGCUAUGUGGCAAUUUGCAGACCACUGCAAUACCACAGCAUUUUGACUCCACGUGCCGUGUCAAACUGGGAUGGUUCACUACAUCUUCCAAUUGGUGUACGUAAUGCAUUGGCUAUACAAUUUCUGAUUUUUCCCCCACUAUUAAACCCAUUAAUUUAUGGCCUCCAACUUCCACGGAUUCGAAAAGUACUAUGUAGACAAAGUACAAAGAAAUAA